AGUUAAUCCAUACGCAUGUGAUAUGAUCAUGACCCGUUUGAUGUUAACAGAUGUUGUUUCCAAGAAAUACUCUCUGCUUUGGCCUUAAGCCUUCCAAUCUGUUCUCUGUAUGCAGGGACAAGGGCGUACCUGUUAACUUUGACCAGAGAUUGUCAUUAUAUAAACAAAUUGGAGUAAAGGUUGUUUUUUUCUAAGAAAGAAUUCAGAAGCAGGGAAAACAGACAGAGAGUGAUCACUCAAUAAUCCAUGAGCAGCACCACUGCGGCAACUUCCAAUGAAUGGAUGCAAUUCUAUGAACAAACUGUUGAUGAACUGUCAGCAUCAUCUUUGGCAUUCUCUGAUGCCACUGCAGUGGCUACAAGUGCCUCCCCUGAGAGCAAUCUUAGCCCCAGCAGUUUACAUUCGGCAAGCGAUCAAUUGACGCCUAUGGGUUCUUCCUCAAAGCCAAUAAGAAGAAGGUCGAGAGCUUCCAAGAAAACACCCACCACCCUUCUCAAUGCUAACGCCAGCAAUUUUCGAGCUUUGGUGCAACAAUUUACAGGUUGUCCUAGCGCACCUCUGUCACAAAGGAGCAGAAGAGGCCCGAUUAACUUGAAUUUUGCUGUCGGGAGUGAACGGAACCAAAGCAAUAUUGCAACUUCCAUAAUGUCUGCUUCUGGAAACGGUUAUAAUUUUUACCAACAAAGUCAUCAAGAGCAGCUGCGGCAGCAAAUGUACCAGGAACAGCAGCAGGCAGUCUCAUUUGACAACGUUCAACACGAUGCCUUUUUUCCAAGUUCUAGCAGUAGAGCUAAUGCAGAUCUGAUCCUUGACGGUUUCGACUUGGAUAAUAUUUCUUUACAGGCGCUUACCGGGGACGUGCCCUGCUCCAGUGGAAAUGCAAAUGAUAGCAAUUACUUCUUGUAAGGAUUAGGUUAUCUAGUCAUAUCAUCACCUACUUUUGGUGUUUGUUUAUCUGUCAGAAUUUGAUUAGGAAUCCGGAAAUAAUGUCUUGAUUUAUUCAACUACUUUAUUAUUUUUUUGUUUGAAUUAAUAUCAUAGACAAGAAACCAGGAAUUACUAUUUGUUUAAUUCCUGAAGGAAGUCAACAAGAAACAUUGGAGGAAUGUUUUUGAUAUGCAGUUGCAGAUCUCGUCAUAUUAUUCCUUCACGAAAAUUGGAAUUCAU